AUGACGGUUGAUCAGCUCAGCCGUAUCCAGGCUCUUGCAGCAGAAAUCGCCGACUUGAGUAGGACAAUCGAGGGUUCCUCUGAAAGGUUCAUGGUCGACAGCCUACCCUCCCUGAAAAAGUCCGAGGAGCUUGUUGCUCUUGUGCAGUCUCCUGCAGAGCACGCUACGUCUCUAAUCGUAAAAACAAUGGAGACGGCUGUUAUCAGGACACUUUUGUCGUUAAAUGUCCUUCAAACUAUUCCAACUACAGGUUCAAUAUCUCUCCAAGGCCUUGCGAUGGCCACUGAGACCCAAGAAGCCCUGCUCGAGCGUCUCUUGAGGGUAGUGACAAGAACAGGGUUUCUUAUGCGUGAUAAUGACGCAUAUCAACAUACGCACACGUCCUUGGCCUAUGCUGGGCCGCUCGGGGCGCUUUUCGCGCCCUGUUAUGACGAAGGAAUUCGGGCUCUGAUCAGGCUGCCCGAGUAUCUUUCCUUGAAAGAUAGGGAGGAGGCAAAAAGUGCCAGGUACAGCCCAUUUACGUGGAAUGAAGGCCAAGAGGGCAAAACUACAUUUGAGAUUCUGUCCACGAUGCCGGAAAGAACAGAAGGCAUACACACUUUGGCGUCGAACGUCCAGCAUUUACGGCCAUACACAGGGUUCUUUGACUAUAGUAAGCUGAUCCCCGAGGAUCAUGAGAGGCCCGUUUUUGUGGAUGUCGGUGGCGGCAAUGGACACGUUAUCAAGGAAGUCUUGCAGGCAUUCCCUCAGAUACGCCCCGAACAGUGUGUUUUGGAAGAUCGUGCGGAGACACUUGAGCUAGCCAGGACAACAGGUCUACUUCCGGACGGCGUACAGCUUCUCGAGCACGACUACCUCACUCGUCAGCCAAUUUCGAAUGCGAUGGCAUACCACCUCCGCGCAGUAGCUUAUAAUUUGGGCGAUGUUGAACUUGUCCAACUGUUGAAGCAAAUUGUGCCAGUCAUGGGUCCCGAUUCAAAAGUUUUGAUUGCAGAGAAUAUUCUGUUUGAUGACAACGGCACUGUCUUCAGUACAGUGUCAGACAUGAUCAUGUUGUGCAUCGGAGGCAAAGAAAGAACAGAACGAACCUUUCGUAAAGUACUGGAUGAGGCCGGCCUGGUGGUUGAUGGCAUCCAUCGUGCGCCUGGAUUGGAAUAUGGAAUUGUGGAGGCAAGCUUGAAGAUCUCAUGA